GGUUGUAUGUGUGCUAGACUGUAUCUUGCUUUGAGUCAAGGAGAGGAUCUCAACGCCUCUAAAAUCUUUAAGCAUCCCACUAUUUCUUGAGCAGAUUUCUAAAGUUGAUUUUUUUUUUUAUAUUCCAACUCGUCAAAACAGCUAAGUGGCGAACGUACUUUUCAUGCAAAUCCGGGAAGACCUCCCUUUCGUUUAAAUACCAGAAAGAACAGCCACAAUUUUUCUCUCAUCUCCGCUUUCCUCCAUCUUUUCAUUCCUCUUUGGAUCUUUCCGAGCUCUUUUCUUGAGGAAAGUCGGAGAUCAGCAUCGUCAAUUCCCCGAUCUUCUACCCGGCCCUCCCAGUUUUCAAUUCCCCGUAAAGCCGAGGAAAAAUAAAGAAAGAAUCUUUGACCAUUCAAAUUCCGUUCAGAACCGCAGCAGUUUCUGCUUUGUUUUGUUGUAUCGGAAGUAUCUAUACAUAAUAUAGAUUGGCGUUGAAGAAUGGGUAUGAUUUCCCACAGGGUGAUGCCGGCCUGUGAUCAGCUCUGUGUCUGUUGCCCGGCAAUGCGGCCCAGAUCACGGCAGCCGGUGAAGCGUUACAAGAAGAUGCUUACUGAUAUAUUUCCCCGAUCUCCUCAGGGAGGGGAGCCCAAUGAGCGAAUGAUUAACAAAUUGUGCGAAUAUGCUUCAAAGAAUCCACUGCGUAUACCCAAGAUCACAACUUCUCUUGAGCAAAGGUUCUAUCGGGAAUUGAGAAAUGAGAAUCUUUCAUCAGUAAAGAUAGUCAUGUUAAUAUACCGGAGAUUUCUAACAGCUUGCAAGCAGCAAAUGCCAUUGUUUGCAGGAAGUUUUCUCAAUAUUGUACAAAUCUUACUGGAUCAAAUAGGGAAUGAUGAAAUGUGCAUUGUUGGAUGUGAGUCACUAUUUGAAUUUAUAAAUAAUCAGAUUGAUGCCACAUACAUGUUUAACCUAGAAGGCUUAAUACCAAAAAUCUGUUUUCUUCCUCAAGAGACCGGAGAUGAGGAAAGAGUACGGAAAUUACGGUGUGCUGGGCUUCAAGUUCUCUCUUCUAUGGUUUGGUUCAUGGGAGAAUUUGGUCACAUGCCAGCAGAGUUUGACAAUGUUGUUACUGUUGUCCUGGAAAACUAUGAAAGCCCUGAGCAAAAACUAGACCACCAUGAUAACCAAGAUGCACAAAAUUAUACUGGUGGAAAAGUUGCUGAUCCAAUGACAAGGGUUACUUCUUGGCGGAAUAUUGUAACUGAUAGAGGCCUUAAUGUGACCGUAGAAGAUUUUACGAAUCCUAUGUUUUGGUCUAAGGUGUGCUUACACAAUAUGGCAAAGUUAGCCAAGGAAGGAACAACUGUGCGGCGUGUUUUAGAGUCUCUAUUCUGUUAUUUUGAUAAUGGCAAUCUUUGGUCAACUCAACAUGGAGUUGCCCUUUCUGUUUUGCUGGACAUGCAAUUUAUUAUGGAAAACUCUGGAUAUAAUACACAUUUUUUGUUGUCGACAUUAAUCAAGCACCUUGACCACAAGAAUGUCCUAAAAAACCCUAAUAUGCAGGUAGAUAUUGUUGAAGUUGCCACCUCUCUUGCUCAGCACCUAAAGGUACAUCCAUCUGCUAAAGCUGUUGGUGCAUUUAGUGAUAUGAUGAGACACCUUAGGAAAAGUAUACACUGUUCCCUUGAUGACUCGGACCUGGGGGACGAAGUAAUUCAGUGGAACAGAAAAUAUCAUUCCGCAGUUGACAAAUGCCUUGUUCAGAUCUCUCAUAAGGUUGGAGAUGCUGGCCAGAUUCUUGAUGUUAUGGCAGUAAUGCUGGAAAGCAUUUCAAAUAUACCAGUUAUGGCCAGAAACACAAUUGCUACUGUAUACCGUACUGCUCAAAUAGCAGCAUCCUUACCAAAUAUAUCAUAUCAAAACAAGGCUUUCCCUGAGGCAUUGUUUCAUCAAAUUCUUUUGGCCAUGGUCUCACCAGACCAUGAGACCAGGAUUGGGGCACAUCGUGUAUUUUCUGUUGUACUUGUCCCAUCCUCUGUUUGCCCUUGCCCUUCUCCUGAUCGUCUCCCCUCAACAAUGACUGCUAGCAUUCAAAGAACUCUUUCCAGAGCAGCUUCAGUUUUUUCUUCUUCAGCUGCUUUAUUUGAAAAUUUUGGUAAGGAGCAACAUUCAUUACGAACAAGUGUGGAAAAGGAAUGUGUUUUACAGUAUGAGAGGUCAAAUUUCAAUAGCCAGUCUAUGCUGAACCGGUUGAGAUCAAGUUAUAGCCGAGUUUAUACUGCUAAAAGGAAUCCAUUGAUUGAAAGUAAUGAAGAACUAGAAAUGGGUGUGGUACAAAGGGAAGCGGUGGGCAUUUCUCUCAAGUUGAAAACACGACAAAUUAGUAUACUGCUUUCUUCCAUAUGGGCACAGGCCAUCUCUCCUUCAAAUACACCUGAAAAUUUUGAAGCAAUUGCUCAUACUUACAGCUUGGUAAUGUUGUUCUCUCAAACAAAGAAGUCCAGUGAGGAGGUCCUUAUUCGUAGUUUCCAACUUGCUUUUUCAUUGAGGAACAUUUCACUUCAAGGAGGAGGGCAGUUGCCACCUUCUCGUCGCCGAUCACUCUUUACUCUGUCAACCGCUAUGAUAAUCUUUUUGUCAAAGGCGUAUAACUUUAUCCCUCUUGUUGUUUCUGCUAAGGAUGCAUUGUCUGAUAAAACAGGAGACCCCUUUCUUCGGUUGAUGGAUGAUUCCAAACUGCAGGCAAUUAAUUCACCAGAUCCCAGGAUAGUUUAUGGAUCACCAGAGGACGACAAUGAUGCCCUGAAAUCACUUUCAGAAGUAGACAUAUGUAAUAAAUUAUCUACAGAAUCUUUUGCAUCGAUGAUCGUUGAGUGCUUCACGAAGACACUGACAGACAAGACAAAUCUUUUAAAGGAACAGUUGCUUCAAGAUUUUCUUCCAGAUGAUGUUUGUCCAUUGGGUGCUCAACUAUUCACUGAAAUGCCCUCCCAAAUCUACCACUUCGGGUCAGAUGAGUCCGAAGCUCUAGAUGAGGCUUUAGAUCCAAUCUUUAAUGCAGAUAGCACCCUUAUGAUUGAUGGGUUUCAGAGUCAGACAGAUACAAACUCUCAUCUUAUUUUACAAAACCCUAGCUUCCUGGAUAUCAACCAGCUUAUGGAUUCGGUAUCAGAGAUCACAAAUGUCGGAAGACUCUCAGUCUCAGUUCCUUCUGUCAUGACUUUCAAAGAUAUGGCUAAGCAGUGUGAAGCCCUUCAAAUGGGAAAGCAGAAAAAGUUGCGUUUUAUGGGUUCCCAAAAGAUUCAAGAAAAUGAGAUGUUCUUGAAGGACUGGGGAUACAGCGUGGAAAAUGUCAAACCAUAUUACUCCCUACUUGAUCAGCUUCAUAUAGAAAAUGGAAAUCCCUUUUCUGACACUACCGCCUUGGGUCCACCAAUCAACAACGCUGCUCUGAUGUCAUGUGGAGCUGAAUUUCAACACCAUCCCAGCUACAUUGUACUGCCACCUGCAAGUCCAUACGAUAAUUUUCUAAAGGCUGCCGGAGGUUAAAGUCUGUAUAUCCAAUACUUAUAUGUUUCAGAUCGAACUACUGGUACACUUUAUGGGAAAAGCAUUUGGAGCGCACAGAAAAAUGGUCAGAAAUUACAGUAUUUAGGAUUGUGUAUUAGUGUUACAGAAAGCUAAGAUAAUCAUAAUCUCUGACGGUAUACUUAAUGGACAAUAUUUGUACUAAAUAGUGCAUAUAUUCAUUUUAUCAUUUAUACUUGUUGGAUGAUGGUUGUAGUAAAGAGUGCAUAAGACUCAUUUAAUUGCAUUUGUAUCUUUACUUGUUCGGGACGAAUGGACGAUUGUAGUUUAAAGCCUUCAGUACUAAAAACUCGUUUAAGUUGACCAAGCGCACACCAG